CCGGAGCAGUGCAUUGUGGGAAACUCCCGAGCUGUCCUCCGCGUCUGCAGCCGCCGUCGCCCCGCGGAGGAGCGCGCAGCCCGGGCCCGGCCGGAGGACGCGCCCAUAGAAUGCCCAGGUGCGGUGAGCUGUUCUGAGCCCCCAGUGCAGCCACCUGCCUGGCCCAUACGCCUCGCCCACCAUGGAGUCCAGAGGGAAGUCGGCCAGCAGCCCCAAGCCCGACACCAAGGCACCCCACGCUACCACCGAGGCCAAGGUAGCCCCGGCAGCCGAUGGGAAAGCCCCUUCGACCAAGCCCUCGAAGAAGGAGGCCCCGGCCGAGAAGCAGCAGCCACCGGCAGCCCCCACCACGGCGCCAGCCAAGAAGACCCCAGCCAAGGCAGACCCCGCCCUCCUCAACAACCACAGCAACCUGAAGCCGGCCCCCACGGCUCCCACAGGCCCCAGCAGUCCCGAUGCAACCUCGGAGCCCAAGGGUCCUGGGGACGGGGCAGAGGAGGAGGCGGCUGCCAGUGGGGGGCCUGGGUGCCCCGGUCCCUGGUCCUGCGAGAACUUGACCCCCCUGCUGGUGGCUGGGGGUGUCGCUGUGGCAGCCAUAACCGUGCUUCUUGGUGUGGCCUUCGUGGCCCGGAAAAAAUAAUACCCGGGGGCCAGGUGGGGGGCACGGAGCCACCUCCUGUACAGACCUGAGGGAGCCAGUGCAUGCAGAGCUCACCCUUAUCUACGUGUCCACACGCACAUUCAUCACACACCCAUAUAUGCCCCAAUACACGAACGCAGUGGAGAGGAGGCCCGAGCCUGCCCUGCUGAUCCAGGACCUCCCCAGCCUCCAGGGCAGAAGGGUCCACAGCACGGACGCCUGGAGGGGGCACAGCUGGGGAACCCUGAGAAAGGAAUGGAUCCUGUGUGUGGCCCCCUGGGCAGGGUGAUCCAGGCCCCCAGGGCUGGUCUCUGAGUGCAGGUCGGGGUGCCGGGAUGGUUUCUGCCUGGACCCCGCCCUGAUGGGGACAUCAAAGGUUGCCCCACUCUCCCCAUUUCUGCUCUUUUCAUAGCCCUGGGGGUCUGCCUGGGCCCAGGCGGUGGGACUGACCUGGGGUGGUCCCUCCCCAUACCAUCCAGCCUGGCUGGGUGGAAAGAGGCAGCCUGAAGCCUGGUUGUGUUGGGGGCUUCCCAAGGGUAGCCUUCCCUAGCUUGUGCCCCAGGGGAGCCCUGAGGCUGUCGGGGAGGCAGGGAUGUCGAGGGCCCCUGGAAGCUGUGCCCACCCCACCCCGCUAGACCGCCCCUCCAGCCUGCACCCGGCACCAUCUGCGUCUAUCCAGCGUAUAAAUGCAAUAACAGGUAGAGUAGAACUGCUUGGUGGCCACCGGCACACUGUCCUCGGCCCCGGAGCCUGACAGGCCCUUUGCACAGCCCCCCUCAGCGCGUGCGGCCCCUCAGCGCACAGCAGCAGGCGAGCUCCCGGCGGUGGUGGUGGGCACUGUGGGAACGGAGCCUGAGUGGAGGCUGAGUCUGAAAUAAACUCUGUUGUAUAAAGGC